AUGUUUCCCUGUUUGAAAUUAAGAAAAAUUGAAGAACGUCUUCAGUGUAUUCAAGAGUUUGACAGGCCCAAGGUGAAAUUGGAGCAAUACGUUACUCCGGCGCAUUUGGGGUCUCAUAUGUUAUACACUAUACAGAGUCAAUAUGGUGAUAUUGAUGGUAAAUUGGUAGCCGAUCUUGGCUGCGGUUGCGGCGCACUUGCAAUUGGAGCGGCAGCAUUGAAUGCCUCUCUGGUUGUUGGAUUUGAAAUUGACCAAGACGCUUUGGACAUUUUUCAAGCUAAUAUUGAAGAACACGAACUGUACAAUAUUGACUCGAUACAGUGUGACGUACUUAAUAUUCCUGAAAGAUUUCACAAACAAUUUGAUACAGUGUUAAUGAAUCCGCCCUUUGGCACAAAGCAAAAUGAGGGUGUUGACAUGAAAUUUCUUCAAGUGGCGUUAAAAUUGUCUAAUAAUUGUGUGUAUUCGUUGCAUAAAACUAGUACAAGAAAUCACGUUUUAAAACACGCAGACUCGUUAGGCGCCAAAGGAGAAGUCUUAGCUGAACUAAAGUACGACAUACCAGCUACAUACAAAUUCCACAAGAAAUCCUCUGUAGAUAUUGAAGUGGAUUUUUACAGAUUUGUUGUGUCACGUUAA